AUGUGUCAGAAGCAACUGAGGCCUGAAGAAGCAGGAUGGUGUACUCAGGCUCCCAUCCUGGGCAACCCGGUGUUGAAUUCUGAUGCCAUUGAGAAUGUCUGCUUCUCCAAGGAGCGUGGCCCCUGGAGCUCCACUUGGAACGUGACACCCUUUCAUGCCAUGCAACGUCUGCUGGGAAACAACGUGGGCAUUCAGCCGUCUCAUUUUGGAAAUCGGGAAGGAGCACAUGCCAGAGAGAAAGCACAGGCUUGUCCUCCCAGUGAGGAAGCCUUGCAAAGGCCAAGUGACCUUAAGACACAUAACACUACCCACACUGAAGAGAAGCGGCAUGAAUGUCACAUCUGUGGAAAAGCCUUCCAAAAGCCACGUAACCUCAAGAGACAUACCAUAGUGCACAUUGGAGCGAAACCCUAUGAAUGUCACACCUGUGGGAAAGCCUUCACUGCGACAUCUUCUCGUGCCAUACAUGAGAGAAGACACACUGGAGAGAAGCCCUAUGAAUGUCGCACCUGUGGGAAAGCCUUCACUACGCCAUCUGAACGUGCCAUACAUGAGAGAAGACACACUGGAGAGAAACCCUAUGAAUGUCGCACCUGUGGGAAAGCCUUCACUGAGCAAUGUUCUCGUGUUGCACAUGAGAGAACACACACUGGAGAGAAGCCCUAUGAAUGUCGCACCUGUGGCAAAGCCUUCAAUACGCAAUCUUCUCGUGCCACACAUGAGAGAAUACACACUGGAGAGAAGCCCUAUGAAUGCCGCACCUGUGGGAAAGUUUUCAGUGUGAAAUUUUCUCUUUUCGCACAUGAGAGAACACACACUGGAGAGAAACCCUAUGAAUGUCGCACCUGUGGGAAAACCUUCAGUCAGUCAUCUCAUCAUGCCAGACAUGAGAGAAUACACACUGGAGAGAAGCCCUAUGAGUGUCACUUCUGUGGGAAAGCCUUCAUUUUGCAAUCUUCUCGUGCCGCACAUGAGAGAAUACACACUGGAGAUAAACUCUAUGAAUGUCGCACCUGUGGGAAAGCCUUCAAUAUGCCAUAUCUCCGUACCAUGCACGAGAGAACACACACUGGAGAGAAACCCUAUGAAUGUCGCACCUGUGGGAAAGCCUUCACUGAUCCCUCUUGUCAUAACAAACAUGAGAGAAUACACACUGGAGAGAAACCCUAUGAAUGUCGCACCUGUGGGAAAGCCUUCACUACACCAUCAUCUCGUGCCAUACAUGAGAGAAGACACACUGGAGAAAAGCCCUAUGAAUGUCGCACCUGUGGGAAAGCCUUCACUACCCAAUCUUCUCCUGCCAAACAUGAGAGAAUACACACUGGAGAGAAACCCUAUGAAUGUCGCACCUGUGGGAAAGUUUUCUCUUUGUCCUCCAGUCCUUUUCACCACAUGAAAGCACAUACUAAAGAAAAAAAUGAUGCGUAUUUUCAGGGAAUGAAAUCAUCCAGUAUCUCAUUUGAACCUUGCAAGGACAAGAAAUGA